AGUGGUCCACAGGCCUUGACAGUGAAUAGGCUGUGUAAGGCUAUGUGUAACCUCUCGGGAGUCACCGUGUACUCCUGGCCUAUACUUCGUACUAGUGCAUGCCUAGUCACUGGCGUUUUAUACGUAGAGCAGUGUUGGCGAGGGCACUCGGCUGUAAGCAGACGUAUUUUGUUGUGAUCCUGCUCUGCGAGUGUCAAGUCAUGAUCUGUUUGUUUUCUCGAUCGAAACCAGGAUUUUGAAUGUGUAUACGAUUCCAAUGGUAAAGAUGAGGAAGAGACCUACAUAUGACGUGACAGCCCGGCUUGUCAGCUUAGUAUGGUAUAUAUUUGUUAUUGACGUGUGUGUCCUGAGGCUUUGUACUGGUCAUCCCCAGUGUCUAGACUUCCGGCCUCCGUUCCAGGCCGGUUCUGCCCUCACAUUCUGCCCACAAUACUCUACUUUCGGUUGCUGUACCGCAGACAAUGAUCGUCAGCUGAUGACAGACUAUGGUGACAUUCGGAACAAUGUGCCGUCUGCUCUUUGGCGGGAAUGUGGUGGUUACCUAAGGGAGUUCAUGUGUCUCAAAUGUUCCCCAUAUGCCGCUCACAUAUUUGAUGCUGAAGACUCGAUGGUUCCAAGGUCAUUUCCUGGUCUGUGUAAUGGCUACUGUAAAGCCUUUCAUGCCAAAUGUUCGAGCAUUAUUAGAUACAUGACUGAUGACACUUCCCUGCUCCAACGCUUGUCUCAGGGAGCAGACGCUUUUUGCCAAGAAUUAAGACUCUCAGACAAUGACUACUGCUUUCCAGAUUUGAAAACUAAUGACAUCCUCAACAAGAAAAUAUCAAUCGUCCAAGUAACAUCAGAAGGCUGUAUUUGUAUGGAAGAAAUUGCUUCUGGACUCCGAAAUCCAGUGUUCGCACGGCAUGCGGGCGAUGGUACCAAUCGCCUGUUUGUGGGAGAAGUGACAGGACGGGUUCAGAUAUACUUUCCAAAUGGAUCGAGAAUUCGUGAACCCUUUCUUGAUAUGCAAGAUAAUGUCAUGAAUACGGAAAGUGAAGGCGAUGAACGAGGGUUCUUAGGCAUGGCGUUUCACCCACAAUUCAAACAAAACAGGAAAUUUUAUAUUUAUUACUCAACAAGGCCGAUUUCUGGAACUGGUGAUCAUGCUACAAAGAUCAGUGAAAUGAGAGUUUCAGAAAAUGACCCAAACAAGGCAGACCCGAAGACAGAGAGAGUCUUGAUGACGAUACAGCAACCCUACUGGAAUCACAACGGAGGGGAGAUAUUGUUCGGAGAUGACAACUACCUCUACCUGUUUGUGGGUGACGGAGGUGCAGCCGGUGAUCCAGAAAAUCGUUCCCAGAACAGGUCUUUACUUCUGGGGAAGGUACUGAGGAUAGAUGUAGACAGUCAACCUCGAUGGAAUCCCUAUGGUAUCCCACCAGACAACCCAUUUGUGGGUCAAGAUGGGAUCCGACCAGAAAUAUAUGCCUAUGGCGUCAGGAACAUGUGGAGGUGUGGAAAAGAUCGGGGUGACCCAGUCACUGGUGCUGGAAAAGGUCGAAUUGUGUGUGGAGAUGUAGGACAGUCAGCCUUUGAGGAACUUGAUCUGUUGAAAAAGGGAGUUAACUAUGGCUGGAAUGCACUGGAGGGAAUGUCUUGCUUCAGAGAAGAUUUGUGUGACUCUAUAGGUCCAGUGGAGGACCCGAUCCAUCACUACCCUCAUUACAUGGGCAAGUCUAUCACUGGUGGCCAUUUCUACCGGGGCUGUAACAGUCCAAACCUCAACGGCUUCUACAUAUACGGGGACUUCAUGUCAGGUAAGAUGUGGAGACUGUUGGAGGACCCCAUCACUGGGGGCUGGCAAAAUGAGGAGCUCCAAAUGUGUACCUCUGCUAUGUGUCGUCCUCCACUGAAGUCCACCUAUGUGACCAGCAUCAUAUCAUUUGGCGAGGAUGAGGAUGGUGAAAUCUACAUGGUAUCGACAUCCACAGCCAGUUCUGGUUUACCGUAUGGUAAAGUCUAUCGCAUAGUGGAUCCUGCAAGGAGAGGUAACCCAGACAACUGUAGAUCUGCACGCCAUGAAGGGUACGAUACUCGCCGUGUGAACACCACAUUGUACAGACAUGGUACGUCCGGCGGACAACACUCUGGCAUGUUUGCUGCCCUUUCCCUGCAUGUUCAAUCGUCCAUAGUCGCCAUGGGAACAGUACUGAUGUUUGCCUUGUUCUAGAAAAAACUGCAUCAUGUUCAACAUGAAUGUUUAAAUCUGUGUAAAACUGACAUCCUGAGGACGGCCACACAUUUCUCUAGGGAUUGAACCAGGAUCCCUUGAUUGAUUAGAUUAAUGCAGUAGGAGUUGAAAGGAAUUUCUCCUUAACUGAGCUAAUAUUCCUGGAUGCCAGUGUGAUGUGUAUACAUUGUAUAUAAACUUUAGUUCAAGAAAUGGUGAAAGAAUUGGAUUUCACAUUUCAAAUAUUUAAUACAGUAUGCCUGACCAGUAUACAGGUUUAUCUAGAGGACCUUGUUAUUCCGGGCUGUAGUCCUUUAACAGCAUUAAGCAUGUGCUUGUCACAGCUAUUUUGUGUGAGUUGUAACUCACUACCACACAAUCUGUGGGAGAUUUAGGCUUUAGUCCAAGUCAAGCUUCUUACUAACCCUGCUGAUCAUGGAAGCUUUCAACAUGUUCAAUGUUAAAUUGAUAACUUGUACCGACAAUCAAACUGAAGUUAUCUAAAACUAAUGCAAGCAAUACCUUAUACCUAUGUUAUAAAUAUAUAACAUGGAACCUUUGGUUCAAAAACUCUAUUGAAUUAUUUAAUUACAUGUAUGGAUAUUUUAUAUGGUUUUACAGGGUAUAAAUUUUUUAAAUUUCAGCUAGAAGGAAUUUUGACUGUCAAUUUAAUAUAAUAUGCUAAUUAGACUUUUAACUUUAUUUAAAUGAGAUGUUUCUAGUUAGGUUUUUAUAUUUUAAAGCUGUGUAUAUGCUUUAGCUUUAUGAUCUGUCCAGAACAUGCAGUACACGUCAUGUUGUAUAACCUUGACUUAGUGCAGUAUUAGUUUUCAUUUUUAGCUCACCUGGUCCAAAGGACCAAGGUGAGCUUAUGCCAUACCGUGUCGUCCGUCGUCCGUCCAUCAACAAUUGACUUCUUCUUCAUAAC